AGAAUAAAAUUAGUGAGCUUUUAUUUUUGUCAAAAAAGAACAUGCAGUUGCACACCGUUUCUAACAAUCAAGCUAAAUAGCGAGAAUGAAUACACUCUGCAAAAUCCCUCGCGAAGAAAAGAGCUCUUCAGCCAUACAAGUCUUUCAGAUCCAUUUAACCACCUUAAAGCAGAAAGCCCACAGGCUCCAUGUGGCCUGGGUCAGGGCUAGCUAUUUGCUUAAGGCAUACGCUGUGUUUACUGUGGAAUAACUCCGCUGGCACGGUGUCUUACCUUCUGGUGCCCUCUAGUGCCAACAGCUGAGCUGGCCUGGCAGCUCUGGCCCCCCACUGCCACCCCACCAGGCUGUGAGCUUCUAACCACCCUCUCCGCCUUUGUUAGGCAUCACUCCGCUCACACCAAACCUGCUCUGCCAGUGGUCUCCCUAUGCACAUGUUUUAAGCAAAAGAAGAAUAUAAGCUUUAAAAGAUUCCCCCCAAAUCCCUGAGCAGACCCAUUCCUGCCCCCCUCAAAUUAGAAGGCCACGACUCACCAGAAGGCAAAAAGAGAAGGAAAGGGAUGAAAGUCAUGGGGGAAUCUCAAACUCCUUCCUGGUGCAUCAUGCAGAAGGGUGGCAAAUAGGUUAUAGCUACACACCAGAGAUGUGUUGAUGUCUUGCAUCCAAGGUCAGGCCACCAUGUGAGAUCAAAACAAAAAGAAACAACAAAAACCACAACCAAUAUAAUAUCUCUCAUUCUCUCAACAUUUCACAGGCUUUUGGGUCUGAUUCAGAAGCCCUGUGCAAGAAGGACUGAUGGUAAGUGUGACUCACUACAUUUGCCCCAGUCCUUUUCAGAGGGACAUUUCAGCCUAAUCUCUUCCAACUGAGAAAUACUAAAAUGAGUCUUCUUUGUCUUCUUACAUGCCACCCACACUACUUUAGGACUUCAGCAAUACGGUGGCUUUGCUCAAAGAAGGACAGUUCAUCACCUGAAAUAAGCAUGCAUAGGCAAACUGAGGUCCACCAUAUUCUGCCCUUUGUGGUGACAGCUCAUUUUCUGCUCUCCUGAAUGCGGCAGCUGGUGAUUUUAGCUACAUCCACAUCAUAGGAAGCAAGACCCAUCUUCUGUCACUCUUCCCCACACGCAGCCACCCAUAUACAAGUCAAGAACCCCACUGCAAAGGCUCACUGCCCAUUUCAUAAGGGUUACAUUUCCCCAUGAAACUUAAAGCAUAUGACCGUUACUCUUAUUACCCCACAACAUGUCCCAGAGCACAGAAUGGUAUUACAUCACACAUAUCUGCCCACAUUUCUGCACAGCCCUUUGAGGAUCACAAAGCAAAAGUCCCCAUCUGAGGUGGGACUUGCAGUCAUCAGGGCAGAGCCUUUGGCAGGGCUGUGAGACAUGCAGUCAUUAGCAGGAGACAGGCAGUCUCAGAGCUGUGAUCAUUCAGGGUGAUUUUUUUUUUUUUUUUUUUUUUUUUUUUAAAGAGUUUAGGAUCCCUCCCAGCCAAUAAAAAGCUCUCACAGAGACAUCUUCCCCUGCAGGAAGCAGGGCGGUCACUGCUCACGUUGGCAGGCUCCUCUUCUGAUGCAGUGGAGAUGGCAGCAAACUUCACCCGCAGCUUCACCACUCUUUGCUGUUUAGUGCUCUGGGGCUUCACCUGCACUUGUGAUGCUACAUACAUACCACCACCUCAUUCAACCGUGAAUCCUGGCUUCCCAGUACCAAUGAACACCAACAAUCCUGGCGUUCGCAAGGCAGCUCGCUUUGGGGUUUACCAAUACAACAACAGUUCCAACGACCUAUUUCUGUUUAAAGAACGGCAAAUAAACAAAGCUAUGGUACAGAUCGUCAGAGGUCUGAAAUACAUGCUCCACGUGGAAAUCGGCCGCACAGUGUGUGAGAAGAGAGGGCACUCCAACCUGGACAACUGUCACUUCCAGAGGAAGAAAAAUCUGCAACAGAUGCUGAAAUGCUAUUUUGAGGUCUGGAUGACACCUUGGUUGCAUAAAGCAGAUGUUCCUGUUUCUCUCUGUCACUGACCCAACUUUCGUCAUGAUUUUGUCAUGAUUUUCAGAGGAUCUACCACCCACGAGAUUUUUCUUGUCUGGACUUUGGGGCCAAAACUGAGGUGGGGAACACCUGCACAGAAUCACCACAAAACCUCCCUCUCAAAGCUUGCUGGUUCCCCCCCACACCUCUAAGGAAGAAGAUGCUCAAGAUCUGAGUGACAAAGAAAAGACUUGCCUUGACUGAAUGUAUCGCUAUCCAGCUGUGUAUCUCUUUUGCUAAAACUAAACAGCAUAUGAGCACAUGUUGUCAUUUGUUCACCAGAGAGCAAUUCAUCUUUUUGGCUGAGAUUUCCAAGCAGUGCAAACAGGCCCAGGAAGGUCUGUUAGACCGCUUUGUUCUGUGAUGAAUCUUUGUACAACUACAGUAUAAAAAGCCUAAACCACAGCACACGCAAUUUCAACACUGUGGAAAGCUUUACAGUGAGACAGUAUGCAUGGGGAUACACACACACGCACACAUAACACAGUCUUAAGGGGCUGCAGUGCCAGAUAAAACCUUAGAUACAUUUGCCAGGAAUGCAUAAGGUAGAAUUUUUCUUGCCUCAAGACAUGAGUGCGGAUAAGCCUGUCUUAAGACACAACCACAACCCAGAAACAGCACAGUCUAAAUAGAGUUUCUAUUUUAAACAAAAGCUCUACUCCAAGAGGGCAGCACUGCAAAUGCUACGAAACAUAAACACAAUCAUUUCCCAAAGCAUAUUUUUGCUGAGGUUAAACAACGUAGUUUCAUUUAGGUUAGUAUUCAAUAUUCAGUUUCUGGUUGACUUACAUUCAAGUUUAGCAGAACGAUGGUCCUGUCUACAUGUGUGCCUACCUCUCUUUAAGCCUUCUCUCUUCAUGCAGAUUAUCGCUUACGCUGUACUAAGGCUGUAACCAUUAACUUGAAAUGACAAUAAAGCCUGAGCCCACUGAA